AUGGGUCUCCUCAGUAACAGUAUGGACUCGCUAGCGAGGUCCAAAUCCCGGAGCAAGUCCGAUGCAGGAUCAACAUUGAAUGAUGCUGCAUCUGCUGCUCCGAGUGAGAGCGGAAGCGUUGCGGGAGAUGGUCAUGAUACCACGAAUUUAGACAAGGAUCAAGGAAACGUGCUCAUGGCGAUUGUUCAGCAAUUACGCCCAGGCAUGGAUCUCAGCAAGAUUGCCCUGCCUACGUUUGUUCUCGAACCGAGAUCCCUCCUGGAAAGAAUUACAGAUUUCUUCUCGCAUCCAGAACUGAUAUUUGGGCAAAAAGAUGAGAAGGAGAGGUUCAUACGUGUCAUGACAUUCUACCUUUCCGGAUGGCAUAUCAAGCCAAAGGGCGUUAAGAAGCCAUACAACCCCGUCCUCGGCGAAUUUUUCCGGUGCAGCUACAUCUAUGAAGAUGGGACGGAAGGAUUCUACGUCGCCGAGCAGGUGUCGCAUCAUCCGCCCGUCUCUGCGUUCUUCUACUGUAGCCCCAAGAACGGACUCAUGGUGACGGGUGAACUCAAGCCGAAAUCAAAAUUUCUAGGCAACUCUGCAGCUACGAUCAUGGAAGGGGAAGACAGAAUACGCUUGUUGAACAAGCCAGAGGAUGGAGACUAUGUCAUUACGAUGCCAAACACGUAUGCUCGGGGGAUCUUGUUCGGCAAGAUGACUUUGGAAUUAUGUGAUGUGUCAACUAUCACGUGCGAGAAUACAGAUUAUCACUGUGAUGUGGACUUCAAAGCCAAGGGCUGGAUAUCUGGCGGGUACAACAGCAUUCACGGUGCCGUUCGGGUCGACGAUUCGUCUUGUGGAGAGGUUUCUGGACAUUGGAGUGAUACCAUUUACUAUCAGGAGAAGAAGUCGAGUCAUAAACGAGUCCUGUUCGAUCCGUCAAAGACCAGGGUCGUUCCAAAGAGUGUCUUGCCAGAGGCCGAGCAGGAAGAAUACGAAUCGAGGCGGCUCUGGACCAAGCUCACCGACGCGAUCAAAGCUGCUGAUAUGCACGGAGCCACAGCUGCCAAGACGGCGGUAGAGGACCGUCAACGGGAGCUGGUCAGACAACGCGAAGCGAAAGGAGAAUCACCUCCUGCCCCGAGGUUUUUCAAGCACGUCGAAGGGGACAAGUGGAUGCCAAGUAUAGGUGUGGACAGUCUACCUAAAGAUCCUUUGGAGAUGGAAUCGGCACUACGUCAAUGGAUAUUCGGAGAUCGUUCACCUUCCAAGGAUCACGCCUCCAUCGCUACGCCUAUGAAAUCGAGCUCUGAUGCGAGAAAGGCCCAACCGGUCAAUAUGGAUAAUGUGAAUCAAUCCUUAUCUCACUUGACAGUGGGAUCGCCACCGGCCAAGACGACUGCACCUGGUCCACCUGCACCUGGACCUAAAUUUGAUCAUCCGACAGCAUAG